AUGGCUGGUCUUGCGGACACGCGCCUGCUGGGGCGACCGAACAAGUACUCAGGCAACAGCGACGAAUUCCCGACCUUCAGAUGCCAGCUGAUCUGCUACUUGGGUGCCAUCGACCCGAUAUUGGCACAAGCAGUCACGACAGCAGCUACCCGCGGCAAUGUCAUUGCGCUUUCAGAGAUGGGCGACGAUAACAAGCAGCUUGCAGCGACGAUGGGAUACAUUCGAUCACAGUUGCUUGGAGGCAGCGCGCUCACCUUGGUGAUGAAUUGUGAGCCAGGCAACGGCCUGGAGCAGUGGCGACGUCUUUGUCUACGCGAGGAUGCGGCUACUGGCCCCAACAAGUUUUCAGGCAAGUGGGAGACCUACGUCGAGGAGCUCACGAAGUUUCUACUGGACACCAACCGAUAUCAAGAGAAGUUCUCAGAGGUGAUCUCAGACACCCUUGUCCAAGCCUUGAUCAAGAAGAACACGCCCGAGCCGCUGAAGACUCAGGUGAUGAUGCAGACCUUCGCGACCCACCAGAUCCCACGGGGGACUUGCGAGGCCUUCGCUCAGCAGAUGAUGCAGCGCGACCCGAGGGUGACCAAGAAGAAGUUCGACCCGAACGCCAUGGGCGUGGACGCUUUCGACAAGGGCGGCAAGGGCGAUUCCAAGGGCAAGGGCUUCGGCGGCAAGUCGGACCAGAAGGGCAGCGGUGGCAAGUCGAGCAGUCAAAGAAGUGCCCGGCAGAGUUCGGGCGGCAAAGGUGGCAAGGGCGACGGCAAGAACAAGAUGAAGAGCAAGAAUGGCGAGACGAAGCUCUUCGACGGAUGGUGUUCGAAUUCCCGCUGCGGCAAGUGCGGGCGCAAGAUCGCGGACUGCAGGAAGUACGGCGGCGGCGCUUACCAGCCUGGAGGAGGUCGGCGAUCCGUUUCUGAGGCUAUGACGGAGAAGUGCAAGCUCACGGGCGAGCCAGGUCAGUCUCUGCGAUCCAUUACUGGUAAGGGUAUUCGGACUUGGGAUAAGCGGACGUUGACGGGUGAGGUCUUCGAUUCGAACACGUCGAUCCCUGCAAAGCUAGACGUCACGCCAGCUGAAGUUCGUAGAGGUGCCCUUUCAGUUGCAGAGAUGAAUGAUGCAGGUUAUUCGGUACACUUUGAUCCUGACGGAGCCAAGAUGUUCAAAAGCAACAAGAAUGUGCAGCACGAGAUAGAUAAAGCGAUCGAGUCGACAGUGACUUUGCGGUUACGACGGAAGGUGAAUGCGUUUCUUCUUCCCAUGAAGUUCAAGGGUCCGACAGGCUACGAGUCCAUCAUCGGCGAUGUCGAGGACAACUCUGAGAAGGACGACGUGCAGAUGAAGGAGGAGCCUGUCGAGACACAGCCUGUGGAGGCGCAGGACAGAAGGACAGGCUACCUCAUGGGAGUUGUCGUGGAAGCUAAAGGCAAUCAGAGCUACGCUAUAGCGGCCAUCAGCGAGUACCUGGACGAGCUCGGCUACAUGAGUAUGGAAGUUCAGUUAGACGGAGAACCAGCACUGGAGGCACUCAUGAAUGGAGUGAUUUCGGGGCGUAUCAAGAAGCUCGGCAAAGAGGCAGCUGAAGCUCAACUUCGAGUACGGCUAGUUCCAAAAGGAGGCCACGCUUCUCAAGGUGGAGUUGAGAGUGGAGUCAAGUCGGUUGCAGGUAUUGCGAGGACUGGGCGUUCGGCUCUGGAGAAGCGUUACAACAUGAAGUUCACUGAGGAUGUUCCUAUCAUACCUUGGAUGAUUCGGCAUCAGAUAUUCUGCCACAACAGGUACCAACGGAGGAGGAGCAGCGGUCGCACAUCUUUCGAGGAGCUCAGGUUGGCACCGUACACUUCACCCAUGCUGGAGUUCGGAGAGACAGUGAUCGGCAAGGAGCACACGGAGCCGCAGGACAAGCAGGGCACAGCCUGGUGCAUGGGACUGUGGCUCGGACGCAGUUCGAAGAGCGAUGCUCAUCUUAUCGGCACGGCGACGGGGGUAGUUCAGGCCAUGACAGUGAAGCAGCUGACGACGGAGGAGAGCUUCGACAUGGAGAUGCUCGAAGCCAUGCGUUGGACGCCUUGGAGGACCUCGGUUAGAGCUGGAGUCUACGAGGGCGAGAAUUGGCAGCCGACGGAGGGAUGCCUUGGGUGUGAGUAUGCAGCUAAAGGUCAGCACGGACGAGGACGGCCACCACACCACAGCAGGACAUGCCAGCAGCGCCGGGCCGAGUACGAGAAGUCAAUCGCCAGCAAGGACGGCGAGCAGCCGAAGGUGGUCGUGGUUCCCGUACCUGCGGCCAGCUCGGAGGCUAACAACGGCGAGCAGCAAGCACAGCGACCAGCAGGGCCGGAGCCAGCACAAGGUCAAGAUCCAGUUGAAGCAGUUCGUCGGGAGGUGCAGAAGAUCGAGAAGAGGCUUCGUGGCAAGCAGGGAGUACCAGCUCCAGGGGCACCCGCUAAGCGAGGAGCUGCUGACGCUGACCUCGGUGAAGGCGGCCCUGGAGGCCCACCUGGAAAUCGAGGCCUGGUGGGGGCCAUCGAGAGCUUGAGUACUGGCGACCUCAAGAGGCUCGUGGCGGGCUUCAGCACGGAGGAGAUGAUUAGGCUCGUGGGCGAGGUCGACAAGGAGCUGAAGGACGACAGCGAGUUCAGCAUCGUGAUGGGCUGGACCGAGGACGACGAGUGGGAGGCGAAGCAGUGCGAGCUAGAUCGGUUCGACAACUACGACGUGUGGGAGCUCACGCUGAGGGACCCUCACGGGCCUAAGGCACUUACGUGGACUUGGGUUUUGGAGAUGAGGAGUGGUGAGCUCAAGGCGAGGCUUUGUGCGCGACCAUUCGGCAAGCAGGUCAACAAGAGCAAGAACGAGCUGCACUGCCCUACUCCACUUUCGUUCUCACUCAAGCUGCUCAUGGUCUACGCUAUCGUUCAGGAUUUCGCCAUCUUCUUUUUCGACAUAUCUCGAGCGUUUCUGUACACGCCGAUUCGGGGGUUGGUGUACGCAGAGGUUCCGAAGGAAUACUGCCAUCUUCUCGAUAGUUCGGAUUGGGUUUUCAAGCUCAAUAAGACCGUCUACGGACUUAACGAGGCGAUGAUCGAUUUCGACGACCACUUUGAGAACAUCGCUACAGGACGGAGUGAUGAAUCUAAGAUGAUUUUCAAGAGGUUUCUGUCUGACCCGUGUACGUUUGCAGACAAGGCUAAUCAAGUUGUUAUGUCCAAGCAUGUUGACGAUGGCACGCUGGUGGGACCCAGAGUUUCAGCCAGCAAAGCGUUGGAGGAGCUUGGCACACAUUUUCUAUUCAAGGUUUCUGAGCUCACAGUUGGUGGUCCUGAGAUCAAGCACCUUGGACGUGGCUGGCUCCGCACCCCCGAAGGCAUUCAAGUUCGCAUGUGGCCUGCUAAUGUCAAGAAGCUACUCGACUCUGAGCCCAAUGAUAAGAAGACGAGCCCAAUACCAGGAGUCAAGAACGAGAAGAAGGUCGAGAGCGAGGAGGAGUUGGAUUCCAAAGCGGCCACAAAGUUCAGGAGCGUCAGCGGCCUCAACAUGUUCGCGUGCUUGGAGAGGCCCGAGUGUCAGUACGCAGCGAAGGAGUGUUCGAGGGGGAUGCCACGACCGACGGUGCAGGACCAGGCGAGGCUCACGCGCAUCAUCAG